UUCUCUUUCGGCCACUUACCUCAGCGGUGAGUGUUUUCGACUGCACAAGUGUGCCUAUAAUUCGUUUCCAAGACAACACUUGGAUGAUGCUUUUGGGUGCAAAUGUUUGACAGGCCAGCUGGGAAGGAAAUCAUUCUUCUUUUCCUGGAACUCAGCUCAGCUUGCAUCUACAGCUUGAAAAAAUGUGAAGCGGCAGCUUCUGUGGUCUAUUGUCUUUUUUUGUGUGCCAAAAUGUGCCUCUGGAUUUAAUGGAUGGAAAACAAAUUCAUUUUUUAAGUACUGGAUUUUUUUGGGACUGAUCCAAUGCGGACAAACUUAAGAACGAUGGAGAUGAGGCAACUCGAGGUUUUAUCACACAUCGUUUAAAAGAAUGGAGGUGAUGAUGCUCCCACAUUUAUUUUUACAAAUUAGACAUCAGUAAGGAUCUAUACAAUGGUCAUUCAUACUCCUUGUUUUUUGAAGAAGAUGCUUCUCUAGUCAUGUAAUUGUGUUUUGAUUUGCUGCUGUUCACAACAGGCCAUUUUUGCCCCCGCAAGUGAAACUUUUCUCAAAGUAGGACAGUUCAAAUUGUAUAACAAGAAAACAUUUCUUGGAGGGCAGUGACGUACCAAUGAUUGGCAGGACGUGCUUAUCGUCAUACAAUGGAUAAGGUAAAUAAGUUUGUCCGUCUGUUUGUCUGUCCGUCUGUCUGUUUUGGCAAAUGUAGGGGAAGGUUUACAAAAAGUAGAGUCAGGUCACCACUGCGUGGAAGGUCACACAGUAAACCCCGAUAAAUGGCGAAGCUUUUCCCCCUUUGCUUGCUAUAGCUAGCUUUAGAGGUCGGUUGUAUUAUUAAUACAAAAUAAUUUGUAUUUCUUUGACAGCAAUCUCCAGCAUAUUUCAUAAAAUAUGAAUGCAAAUAACUUUAGAAAAUGUUGUGUGUAUUUUCAAAUUAUCCCAACAGUAAGCAUGUAGAAUUUUAAGGAUACUAAAUCAUGAGUUUUAAUUUUGAGAUCCACGGUGUGUCCAUGUACACAUUUGACACUUUGAGCCAAAAAUGUCUUUGGUGUUGUCAUCUCGAUUGUUCAGCCACCACCAUGAAAACGAAGAAAGAUUUUGGGGAAGGAGGGGUGGGCCUUUUAAUGGGGCCUAGCCAGCCCAUUUUACUUGCAACAUAAAAAUGACUGAGCUUUUCAUUCAGCGGCACUCACACUUGACUGGCUUUCACACGCGCACACGCGUGGACACUCACUCCACAGAUUUCCUGCUGAAGAUGCCGUGCGUCAGCUCAAACCCAAAGCAGAUGGUCAAGACGUCUACUUGCGUACUUGAUAGACAUGACGUCACGGUCAUGGAGUUUCCCGCUGUGUCCCUGUCAUGAGGGAACGCUCUCGAUUUGCUCUUUGGCUGCAGGUUGAUCAAAUCCUGUCUGAGCUGAGGCUGCAGAAGGAUGAGCUGAAAGAAAUCAUGAAGAGGAUGCGGCGGGAGAUGGACAGAGGCUUGCGUUUGGAAACGCACGAGGCGGCCAGUGUCAAAAUGUUACCCACUUAUGUUUGCUCCACGCCCGAAGGAUCAGAGGUGGGCGACUUCUUGGCUCUGGACCUGGGGGGGACCAACUUCCGGGUGAUGCUGGUCAAGGUGGGCGCUGACGAGGAGAGGAGUUGGAAGGUGGAGACCAAGAACCAGAUGUAUUCCAUUCCUGAGGAUGCCAUGACGGGAACUGCGGAAAUGUUAUUUGACUACAUUGCAGAGUGCAUGUCAAACUUCUUGGACCAGCACAACAUCAAGCACAAGAAGCUUCCUCUGGGUUUUACUUUCUCCUUUCCGGUGCGCCACGAGGACAUCGACAAGGGAAUCCUACUCAACUGGACCAAAGGUUUCAAGGCUUCUGGGGCUGAAGGGAACAAUAUCGUGGGCUUGCUCAGAGAUGCUAUCAAGAGGCGAGGGGACAUUGAGAUGGACGUGGUGGCCAUGGUGAAUGACACAGUAGCCACUAUGAUAUCGUGCUACUACGAAGACCGAAGCUGCGAAGUGGGCAUGAUUGUCGGUACAGGUUGCAACGCUUGCUACAUGGAGGAGAUGAGGACAGUGGAGUUGGUGGAAGGCGAGGAGGGUCGCAUGUGCGUCAACACGGAAUGGGGGGCCUUCGGAGAUAACGGCGAGCUGGAGGAGUUCAGGUUGGAGUACGACAGAGUGGUGGAUGAGACCUCCAUAAACCCUGGACACCAGCUCUUUGAGAAGCUGAUUAGCGGCAAGUACAUGGGUGAGCUGGUGAGGCUCAUCAUGAUGAAAUUGGUCAACGAAAACCUGCUUUUCAACGGCGAGGCCUCGGAGAUGUUGAAGAUGCGCGGCAGCUUUGAGUCCAGACACGUCUCGCAGGUGGAAAGUGACUCGGGUGACAGGAAACACAUCUACAAUAUUCUGUCAUCUAUGGGCGUGCGGCCGUCCGAAUUGGACUGCGACAUUGUGGGUCUGGUCUGCGAAAGCGUUUCAACUCGCUCGGCCCACGUGUGCGGCGCCGGCCUCGCCAGCGUCAUCAACCUGAUGAGGGAGCGACGCGGCCUGGAGGACCUCAACAUCACCGUGGGCGUGGACGGCUCCGUUUACAAGCUGCACCCUUGUUUUCGUGACAGGUUCCACAAAAUAGUCAAAGAGCUGACACCCUGCUGCGAGAUCACCUUCAUCCAGUCAGAGGAGGGAAGCGGUCGGGGGGCGGCUCUCAUCUCAGCGGUGGCCUGCAAGAUGGCCGCCUGCAUGCUAACGCAGUGAAAGGAGGACCUGACGUGAGCAUUUGACGGCUGAUUCACGAUGACAUCUUCUCAUCUUCCGUUUGUCUGUGGAGAGCACUGGAAGACAGCAACAAGGAGGUUUAAUGGAUUUCUGUCAUAGUGAAAUGUAAAUCGAUAUAGCUCAGUUGAUUAGUUCAACAAGACACAGUUAGCUUGCCAAUUGAAUCAUAAUCCACCAUGUGCUCAUUAAAUGCUAACAUUAGCCAAAAAGUCUGCUUGUAGAAAGAAAAGUGACCAACAUGCAUUUACCGUUUUUUUCCAUGUAUAAUGUGCAAAAUGUAACUAAUUUAUUGUCCUAAAAUCUGGGGUGCGCAUUAUAGAUGGGUACAAAUCUUUUUUUUUUUUUUUAAUCCGGAUAUCAUACAGAGACCGGCAUUACAGAUGCGCUUUCUUCUCUGCUGUUCACUUCAAACACGCUCCAUACGAACACAACGCUCUCGUAUCAGACGCUUGCUAGAUCACCUGCUCGUUUGCUGUCACAAUGUACCCUACACAAAUCGGAAACAUUUCUUCGCUAUUGAGUUUGCUAGCGCAUGCGCAGUGAUACUGACCGGCAGAAUAACAUCCGGUUGUUCCCAAAGAUGAUCUUUUUUCUGAAAUAAUUUUACGUUUACGGACUUAAGUAGGAGUCAAAACUUAAGUGCGUAUUAUACAUGGGUACAGGCUUUUUUCCAGCAUCAACAUGCCAUUUUUAGGGUGCGUAUUAUACAUGGGGGCGCAUUAUAUAUGGAAAAAAACGGUACGUUCUCUCGGUACUCUGGCUUUUCCUCCCGUGUUCCAUUCACAUUCACAUUAACUUGAUGAAAGACUAGAAUGGGAGUGUGAACGAUUGUUUGGUGAAAUCCGCCCUGCGAUUGGCUGGCAACCAGUCCAUCAUGUUGAUUGUACAACUUCACAGCAGUCAA